AUGCAAUUGACAAGGAAGACUAAUCAACUGGCUAUUCCUGAUCUCUCAGGAAAGGUAACUGUGAAGGAUCUACUGGAGGCUUUUUCGAAGUAUGAAAAGGAAAUAACAAGCGUCAAGCUUAGCAAGCAAAGGAGAUCAAGAGAUGAGGAUCUCAAGGUUGGAUAUGUUGAGUUUGAAACGGUUGAGGAUACGGAAAAGGCCUAUGGAGAGGGAAGCAUCAAGGUUGGGGGAGAGAUGAAGGCUCUACACUAUGCAAAGAGAAAGGACCAAAGAAUGAGAGAACGGGUUGUUGUUUCUAACAAGAAGGUGUAUAUUUCUGGAAUUCCCGAGGAUACCGACAAGGACGAGCUUUCUGCACUCUUGGGAAAUUGCAGGAUAUCUGGAGGAGACAAGGGCAAAAGCUAUCUUUUUGCAGAGUAUGACAACAGCGAGGAACAGGAGAAGGCACUGAACAGAAUCAAUAACUCGAAGAUCAAAGGCUCUAAGUUGUUUGCAACUCAAGCAUAUGAAAAGGCAAACAUUGGAAGAACUGGUAGAAAGAGGAGCGAUUCCAAUUAA